UUUUGCCGUUCUGUUGCGAGCGCAGUAUUUUUUGCGGCACGAAAAUCCCGACGUCAAGAGGGAACCGGAGUUUCGAGCGACCAACCGACCAAACGCAUUCCUCCAACCUGUGCGUGCCCGUGUGGGAACGGAAGGAUUAACCCGCUAGCUGCCAACAGCGCAUUGCACCAUGCAGUCCAACAUUCGAUAUUUGGUGAACGUUGCCGUCAAGGGUAACGCAAGCCUCCGUAACCAUGGCGCGGUCCUGGGAGCAUUAUACGGCCGGGCCUACUCGACGACACACGAUGCCGAUCUGGUGGUCAUUGGAUCCGGUCCCGGUGGAUAUGUCGCCUCCAUCAAAGCAGCCCAACUUGGCAUGAAAACCGUGUGCAUUGAGAAGAAUGACACACUCGGCGGAACCUGCCUGAACGUGGGUUGCAUUCCCUCGAAAGCCCUGCUGAACAACUCGCACUACUACCACAUGGCUCACUCUGGCGACCUGGCCGCUCGAGGUAUCCUGGUCGAUAACGUGCGGCUUGACCUUAGCGUACUGAUGGACCAGAAGUCGAAGGCGGUCAAAUCGCUCACCGGAGGCAUCGCGCAGCUGUUCAAGAAGAACAAGGUAACACACAUCAAUGGCUUUGGCACGAUAACCGGCCCGAACACUGUCGUGGCGAAGAAGGCGGACGGUAGCGAGGAGACGGUCAACACGAAGAACGUUCUCAUUGCCACUGGUUCGGAGGUUACGCCGUUCGCCGGCAUCGAGGUCGAUGAAGAGACCAUCGUGUCGUCGACGGGCGCGUUGAAGUUGAAGGAAGUACCGCGCCGGCUCGGUUUGAUCGGUGCCGGUGUGAUCGGGCUCGAGCUUGGAUCGGUCUGGGGACGACUUGGCGCGGAAGUAACCGCCAUCGAGUUCCUCAGCACAAUUGGAGGAGCCGGCAUCGAUCUGGACGUCUCGAAGAACUUCCAGAAGAUCCUCACCAAGCAGGGCAUGAAGUUCAUGCUCGGCACGAAGGUGGUCAGCGCGUCGAAGAGCGGAAGCGGCGUCACCGUUACCGUGGAAAACGUCAAGGACGGUUCCCAGCAAAAUCUGGAGUUUGACGUCCUGCUUGUCUGUGUCGGUCGCCGACCAUACACCGACGGUCUGGGAUUGGAGAACGUGGGCAUCGUCAAGGAUGACCGAGGUCGCGUGCCGGUCAACAGUCAGUUCCAGACGAUCGUACCUAGCGUGUACGCCAUCGGCGAUUGCAUCCACGGACCAAUGUUGGCGCAUAAGGCCGAGGAUGAGGGUAUCGUGUGCGUUGAAGGCAUGCUAGGUGGUCACGUACAUAUCGAUUACAACUGUGUGCCGAGCGUAGUCUACACGCACCCCGAGGUGGCUUGGGUAGGCAAGAACGAAGAAGAGCUGAAGGCGGAAGGUGUCGCAUACAACGUCGGCAAGUUCCCAUUCGCGGCGAAUUCGCGCGCCAAGACCAACAAUGACACGGACGGAUUCGUGAAGGUCCUGGCAGACAAACAGACCGAUCGUGUGCUAGGCGUGCAUAUCAUUGGACCGGCUGCCGGUGAACUGAUCAACGAAUCUGUACUCGCCAUGGAGUAUGGUGCAUCCGCAGAGGAUGUUGCCCGCGUUUGCCACGCUCACCCUACCUGCGCAGAAGCUCUUCGGGAGGCGCAUACGGCUGCCAGUUUCGGCAAACCGAUUAAUUUUUAAUUUGUACAAUACCAUCACUACCACCAUCCACAACUCACUCCUCCCCUCUGACGAAGUAAAAAAUUGAAACGGUGUACAAAACACACAUACUAAAACUAAAGCCCCAAGGAUGUGUUUAAUAGCAAUCGAAACGUGUUUGCCGGCUCAAAGACGACAAACGAACAGGUGCGAAAGGGGGUACAGCUAAUGCGGUAGAAUAGUCCCGCAUACGUUGGGAAAUCCUUACAGUCCCUUCCACGUGCGAGAAGUGGUGUGCAAAUAUUCAUAGAUUCCUUUUGUGGCCGGUCGCCAGCCAAGGAUCGGAACAUGAUAUAAGCGAAGUAUAGCGAAUCUGAAACAUUGGAUUAGUUUUCUAUCGAAAUGUGCUUAAAAGCGAAUAAAAUGAGUCCCAAAAGCAACAUUAUUUAUUAGUCGUA